GCCAGCUCCAAGUUUGAUCAUUUUUUACUAACCCAAAAGAAAAAAAAAAAGAAAGAAAGAAAAAAUCAAUUCACCUGUAAACCGCGAGAAAGAAAAACAGAAGACAUCUAAAUCGUUGUUGUUUGAGCUUGGAAGAUUUUAAUUCUUCUGCGGCGAUUUUGUGUUUGGUUAUGGUAAUUGUAUGAAAAAAGGGAAAAGAUGGUAGCUGAAGCUGAGGUUGUUUGUCAACAGAGCGUGCCGGUGUUGGACGUUCAGUAUUUUGGUAAAGGAAGUAAUAUCGAGGAGAUUGAUGGAAUCGUUGCGAUUUCGUCGCCGGUUUCUUCGCCAAAGUUCGGACAAGUUCUUGUUGCUGAGUCGGUUUCCGCCGAUUUAUCUACCUCUCAACUGGAUGUGAAAUCUCUUGAAAAAGACCCAGAUCCAACUAUCGAAUCUGCUGUCCUGCAAUUUGUCCCGAGCAUCCGUUCAGGUAGUUUUGCUGACAUUGGACCUCGGAGAUACAUGGAAGAUGAGCAUAUUAGAAUAGAUGAUCUAUCAUCACAUUUGGGAUCCCUUUUCAAGUUUCCUAACCCUAGUGCUUUUUAUGGGGUGUUUGAUGGUCAUGGAGGACCCGAAGCAGCAGCAUAUAUAAGGAAAAAUGCAUUUAGAUUCUUUUUUGAAGAUGUCAGUUUUCCUCAGACAUGUGAAGUUGAUGAUGUUUUCUUAGAAGGGGUUGAGAACUCUCUGCGGAAAUCGUUUCUUCUUGCUGACCUUGCUCUUGCGGAUGAUUGUACUGUGAAUAGCUCUUCUGGAACAACAGCACUUACUGCUCUGAUAUUUGGAAGGCUUCUAAUGGUGGCGAAUGCUGGUGAUUGCCGAGCUGUACUCUGCCGGAAAGGGGAGGCAAUAGAUAUGUCUGAAGACCACAGGCCUAUUUAUCCAUCAGAACGGAGGAGAGUAGAAGAGCUGGGUGGGUUUAUUGAUGAUGGGUAUCUCAAUGGUGUUCUAUCAGUUUCCCGAGCCUUGGGGGAUUGGGACAUGAAGUUUCCUAAAGGUUCUUCUUCACCUCUCAUUGCAGAGCCUGAGUUCCGACAGGUGGUUCUGACAGAGGAUGAUGAGUUCCUUAUCAUUGGGUGUGAUGGAAUUUGGGAUGUUAUGUCAAGUCAGCAUGCAGUUGGCCUUGUUCGUAGAGGGUUGCGGCGGCAUGAUGACCCUGAGCAGUGUGCUAGAGACCUUGUCAUGGAGGCCUUACGUCGCAACACAUUUGAUAAUCUCACUGUGAUUGUUGUAUGCUUCACUGCACCUGAUCACAGGGAGCAGCCAUCUCCUCGGCAAAGAAGAAUGAGGUGUUGUAGCCUCUCUGCAGAGGCCCUGUGUAGCUUGAGGAGUUUGUUGGAUGGCAAUGCCACUCGCUGAAUGUAAAUACAAUUUUUAAAUAAUUCUCUUGUUCAAUAGGGGAUAUUGUACUGUUUCUGGCUGCUUCAGGUAGAGCUAAAAAAAGCAGCUAGCAGUUUUGCAGGGGUUGGCUGUGGUAUAUUUAUGGUGGGUUAUGGGCGGAUGUACAUAGAGGAUGGUGGUGUAGGGAUGGUCCGAUAUUUUAUUGCGUGCUCAAGUCAUUUAUGGAUUCUUUUACUCAAAUCCAGGGUGGCUGCCCUUGUUAGUUCAAUGUUCAUUCCUGAGAUGUACGUAUAUGUAUUGUCAAUAAAAUUCCUAGUUUUCAUUAUUGUUAGUU